GCAGCAGCAGCAGCAGCAGCCCUCAGAGCGAGCUGAGUCCCAGCCAGGCGACGGGAGCGGAGCUGAGAGGGGAAAGAAAAGUUUUUCCAAAUGGAUUUCCUCGGUAGAGUCAAACAUUUGCUGUUCUCAUAUGUACUCAUUAACGGGAUAUUGGUCACCCUCCAGGCCAAAGAAGAGGUGCUUUUGGAUAUGAAGGCAGCUGGAGGAGAGCUGGGCUGGCUGACUUGGUCCCCGAACCAGGGAGACAGAUCUGGGUGGGAGGUCACCCAGAAAACCCUGAAUGGCUCUCAGUUUUAUACCUACUCCAUAUGCAACGUCGAGGAGCGCGAGCAGGACAACUGGCUGCGCACCACCUUCAUCCAGAGGCGCCCCUCCGUCUCUCAGGUCUUUGUGGAGCUUGAGUUCAUUGUGCGCGACUGCAACUCGUUUGACGGAGCCUCGUUGACCUGCAAGGAGACCUUCAACCUCUAUUCGAGCGAUGCGAAUGCAGACGUGGGCACGGCCUUCCGUAAAAGCCAGUUCAAGAAGGUUGCCACCGUCGCUCCAGAUGAGAUAACGAAGAAAAAUGACAUGCGCAUCAACACGGAAACGAAAGUUGUGCAAAGCUUGUCCCAGAAGGGUUUCUACUUGGCCUUCCAAGACAUCGGAGCCUGCAUCGCUCUCCUCUCUGUCAGGGUGUACUACAAGGCUUGCCCAGCCACAACAAAGAGCCUCGCUUCGUUCCCCGAGACGGUAGCUGGAGGUCUCAACCAGCAGCUCAAGAAGGUCACUGGGGAAUGCGUGGACAAUGCUUACAGCGAGGAUUUACCUCACAUCUACUGCACUGCGGACGGAGAGUGGGUGGUUCCAGUCGGACAGUGCCAGUGCAAUGCAGGAUUCGAAGAGGUCGAAGACGUCUGUCAGGAGUGUCAGCCAGGCUUCUUCAAAGCUGAGGCAUCCAGGGACAAGUGUGAACCCUGUCCUGCCAACACCCAGAGCCAGGACUCCAGGUCUUUAUUCUGUGUGUGCCUGGAUGGCUUCUACCGGGCUCUUACAGACCCAGUCACUGGACCGUGCUCAGGCCUCCCUUCUGCCCCUCGAGGUCUGGUGGCCACUCCCAACUCUCUUACCCCAGGAAAACUGCUGCUUUCUUGGCAGCCCCCUGAAGACACUGGAGGUCGAAGCGACAUUACCUACAGCGUUGAGUGCCAUCGUUGGGAGGGCUCGUCACACCUGCCCUGUGGAGAGAAAAUUCGCUAUGACCCAGCAAACACAGGCUUGGUUGACACGAAGGUGUCAGUGAGUGAACUGGAUCCUUACUUGAACUACACCUUCACCGUGGAGGUGCACAGUGGCGUGUCCAUGUUUCCUAGACAGGCAAUACCGCGCAGUUUCAAGCCGCCGUCCUCUGCCGCACUGAAUACAUCCCUUCACUACACAGAUCCACCCAAAAUUACGUCAAUGCGUCUGGUCGAGCGGGACUCCACCAGUUUGUCUCUCUCCUGGGACGUUUUCCCUCGUCCGCGGGUCCAAUCCCAGCCAAUCCGCUAUGAACUUGCCUACCGCAAAAAGGACAAUAAAAUCGACGUAACUACGUAUGUGGUGCUGAAGCUGGAGAAAAACUCUGUGCAGAUUAGCGAUCUCUCACCAGGCACAGCUUACCUGGUCAAGGUCCAGGCCCUGGGUGAUGACGGCAACCAAGGAGUUUCCAGCUUGGAGGAACAAUUUGAGACGCUGUCUGAAGGUCACCUUAACAAGACUGCUCUUAUCCUUGCUGGGGUGGUUGCAGGAGCAAUCACGCUGUUCAUUCUGACCGUCAUCCUUUUCCUGCUCAGACGAAACAGAAACACACAUACCAGGCAAGGACCAGAGGACACUUACUUUUCAAGCCCCGAGCAAUUAAAACCACUAAAGACGUAUGUGGAUCCACAUACAUACGAGGACCCCAACGUAGCUGUCCUCAAGUUUGCCACUGAAAUCCACCCGAGCCACAUAAGCAAACAGAAAGUCAUCGGAGCUGGCGAGUUCGGUGAAGUUUACAGAGGCACCCUGAAAGCGCCUGGGAAGAAAGAGGUGGCGGUGGCGAUAAAGACGCUGAAGCCCGGCUACACAGAGAAGCAGAGGCAGGAUUUUCUGAGCGAAGCCUCCAUCAUGGGACAGUUUUCCCACCAGAACAUCAUCCGUCUGGAGGGAGUGGUGACCAAAUUUAAACAUGCGAUGAUUGUGACUGAAUUCAUGGAGAACGGAGCACUGGAUAGAUACCUGAGAGACCAUGACGGGGAGUUCUCGUCUCACCAGCUGGUGGGAAUGCUGCGUGGCAUCGCCGCAGGCAUGAAGUACCUUUCUGAAAUGAGCUACGUUCAUCGUGACCUGGCUGCCCGCAACAUCCUGGUCAACACAGCCCUGGAAUGUAAAGUUUCAGACUUUGGCCUUUCCCGGGUGCUUGAGGACGAUCCUGAGGGGACAUACACCACCAGCGGAGGUAAGAUCCCCAUCCGCUGGACGGCCCCGGAGGCAAUCGCCUACAGGAAGUUCACCUCGGCAAGCGAUGUGUGGAGUUUCGGCAUUGUCAUGUGGGAGGUCAUGGCGUUUGGGGAACGGCCUUACUGGGACAUGAGUAACCACGAGGUGAUGAAAGCCAUCAAUGAGGCUUUCAGGCUGCCAGCGCCCAUGGACUGUCCGUCCGCUGUCUACCAGCUGAUGCUUCAGUGUUGGCUUCAGGAUCGCGCCAAGAGACCGCGUUUUGGAGACAUCGUCAGUCUGCUGGACAAACUCCUGCGCAGCCCAGAGUCUCUAAAGACCAUCGCAGACUUUGAUCCACGGGUUUCCAUCCGCCUGCCCAGCACCAGCGGCUCGGACGGCUCCCCCUUCAGGUCGGUGUCCGAGUGGCUCGAGUCCAUCAAGAUGAGCCAGUACAGUGAGAACUUCACCCGUGCCGGGGUCGUCACCAUGGACCAGGUGCUGCAGAUGAAGAAUGAGGACAUUAAGAACAUCGGCGUGCGACUGCCGGGCCAUUUGAAGAGGAUAGCUUACAGCAUCCUGGGCUUGAAGGACCAGACCAGCACCUUGAGCGUGUUUGCUGUGUGAUCAUUGCUGAAUGAAAGGGAUGUGAAAUUGGACACAGGCAACCCUUUGAACUCCCAGGCUGUGCUGGAGCAUUUUGUGGCGACGGCACCGAAACAGCAGAACCAGGAGAGAAAUGUGCCAAGCUUUGGGCCAAAUCAAUCAGACUAAUUUACUGUACCGUCUAGAUUUCUUCAUUUUUUUUGCCCACAGGGAAACGGAGCACAUACCUUCAACAGAUGUGUAAAGUAGAACCUUUUUGAUAUUUAAAUAGCUAUUUUUGUACUAUAGUUGUCUUCCAUGCGGAUACGAUUUGUUGCUCAUUCACUUUCGUCCGUUUUCCAUUCCUGCUUCAGCUCUGUAAAGUUGCACCCUGAGUUCAUUUGUAGCAAAUGAACAGGGAGAACAGCAGAGUCCUGUAAGAGUUCAGAUUACGGCGGCGAUGUCUCUGAGUCUCUCACUGAUUGGCUCUCAGGAGGAUGAAAUAAGCUUGAGCUAGUUCAGAUUUAGGGUAAAAAUUAAAAAAAAUUAAAAAACAGGUUGUGAAUGUUUCUGCUGGUCCUGUGCAGAAAUUAAGCUAUGAUCUUAUGGGUGGUGUUUAUAUACAAAAAGACAAAAAACAGGAUGAUUAGGUACUUUUUUAUUACUAUUAUUAUUUCUCUUUUGCAAUGAACUGUUACAUAAAAACAUCAACAAAAAAACAUUUUUAUUAGAACCAUAUAAUGUAGCACUUGGAGCAAGUCUCAUAUUUGUCAUAUGAUUGUAAACAUAAAUGGGCAUUCGCAACCAAAAAUGGACGAACUAUUUGUGUCCUCUGAACCAUUUUACAUUUUGCCUCUUUUUAUCGGGAUUUCGUGCAACAGAGCAACACGGUGCUUUGUAGUGAAUCAUUCCCACAGCAUGGUGCUGUCACUUACAUGCUUCACAAGGAAAUGUGUGUUUCGAGUGAUGACUAUUAUUAUCCUCCCUCCUCACAAAGUUUUGUAUCUAAGCCUGAAUUUUUUUAAUUUUUUUGCUGCCAUAGCAACCCGAUAGUCCCUACUUUUACCUGAUUACUAAGUUCCCUGUAUUGUUUGGGAGUAAACUGUAAACAGGAUUUUAUAUGACUAUCUGGCAACAAGUGGCUUUGACUUGCCACACUUCCACUAAAGCAAGAUUUGAAUGUGUCUGGUAAAAGGCAACAGAUUCAGCAGAUUCUCCUCUCUGGCAGCAGGAGCUCUGCUGCUUGGUUUCCAUCCCCUUUUGUUUUAUGAUCUCAUCUUAAUUUAAACCUGGCUCUAACUUCACCCCAAACCUGUUUGGUUUGGUCCGAGUCAAGUCAUGUUAUCAUCCAAAUCACGAAGCAAACAUACAUUAAACAUAAAUGUUCCAGUUAUCAUGGAUCAGAGGCAGCGCUAAACAGCUCGGUUUUUAGCUUCGAUGUAAAGGAGCUCUGUGCUGUUUUUGCCGCCAUUGGCUGGAUUUUAUUUAAAGACAUCAGAGUAAAAGGGGGCUCAAAAAGUUUCAAACGUUCCAUUGUUCUUCCCUUUUGCAAUAAUGUACUACUUUGUGUUGGCCUGUCAUGUAAAAUCCCAAUCAAAUACUAGUAAUUUUGUGUUUGUAAUUUGCCAAAAUGUGAAAAAGUCCAAGGGUAUUAAUUGCAAGGCACUGCAUGUGAAAGUCGAGACUUUUUUGUAGUUGAAAUAAGCCAGAAUUCUGCCAAACUUGUCAAAAAUAAAUAAGGGUUAAGAAAAGUACUCACCGAAAAAAAACCAAAAACAGAACAUCACCGCUGAGAGUUCGUAGCUAUAGUCUUUUAUGCAGUUUUACCAUUUUGCAAGCGUCCUUACGAACAUCCAAUAAUAUUUUGAGUGAGUUAUUUGCAGUUUUUACUGAAAUGAUUUAAGAAUGAGCUGCUUGACUCAUUCCAGACAUUUAAAGAACUUUUUACAGUGCCUGUUUGUGGAAGAUGAACACCAGCCUGCCUACUUCUCCUUAAAUAAAGCGGCUCUUCUGUGUAGCAAGUAGUUUGUAGUUGAAACCCCCAGUGCUCUUAAUCCAUGACUGCAAAUCUUGUGUGUUACUGAUGUACACCUUCUUUUACUUGAAUUUUUACCUUGUCGUUAAAUGCGUGAUUCUCUUGUAGCUAACAAAAAAUGGGAUUUAUUUUUUUUUGUCGUUGUUUUUUUUUUUUUUUUAAAGGAUUUAUUUUUUUGUUAAUAUUUGGGUUUAUUGGUUGGACUUGCAUUUUGUAAAUUUUGUACAAUAUCCUGUAUCAAUCAUAUUUUCAGACUGCUUUUUUUUUAUGUGUGUGUUUUUGUUCUACGCUCAUGACUUCCCAAAACUUUCUUCAUCUAAGAGCAAACUCCUCCUUCCUUUUUGUCUGCUGUUUUAUGCUGUAUUUAAUAGUGUAUUUAUUUUUGAACUGUUAUUUAUUUUUCCUGAUAAACACUGAGCUGGGUUUGUAAUUGGAGGUUGCUCAUUAAGCCUUAAUUAAAAGAAAGAAAAACACAAACAAAGCCAUUUCCCUCCUUUUUGUUUUCAUUUCUGAACUGUUCAUGCCUGUGAUUGCAUUCUUGGCGAAUAAAUAAAGUCUUAAGCUGAA